GCUUUGACAGCUGGCAAAUGAUUUUUCUUCCCAACAAAAAACAUCAGGCAGGGAAGGAAUCCGAACGAAAGAACUGCAUCGCAAGGGCCCCGUAAAUUUCGGUCUAUCGUCCCGAAAAUGGCAUCUCUAAUCCUUGUUAAUGGGGUGCAACUGGCAAAACAACAAACCGGACUGUUGGGUAUCGUUUGUCUGAAGGCCAACUACAGCAGCGAUGCGCCGCGCAAGAUCAAAACCACCAACCUGGCCGCUAUGAAGCGCGGUACCGGUGGCCGUUCGAGCUUCAACGGGAUCGUGGCGACGGUGUUCGGUAGCACCGGCUUCCUGGGUCGCUAUGUGUGCAACAAGCUGGGCAAAAUUGGCAGCCAGGUCAUCAUCCCGUACCGGGCGGAUCACUACGAAGCGCUGCGCCUCAAGCUGGUCGGUGAUCUCGGCCAGGUGCUGUUCCACCCGUACGAUCUGCGGGACGAGGAAGCCAUUUACAAGGCAGUAAAAUACUCGAACGUCGUCAUUAACCUGGUUGGGCGCGAUUGGGAGACGAAGAACUUUACCUUCAAGGAUGUGCAUGUGGAUGGUGCGCGCCGGCUGGCACGUAUCGCCCGCCAGGCCGGGGUGGAGAAGUUUGUGCACGUUUCGAGCUUGAACGCGACCCCGAACCCGCAACCGUUCUUCACGAAGGAGGGCAGCAAAUUCCUGCAGAGCAAGUACUACGGUGAGCUGGCGGUGAGGGAAGAGUUCCCGGAGGCGAUCGUGUUCCGCCCGUCGGACAUCUACGGGCAGGAGGAUCGUUUCCUGCGCUACUACGCGCACAUUUGGCGCCGGCAGUUCCGUGCCAUGCCGCUGUGGUACAAGGGCGAGCGCACUAUUAAGCAGCCGGUGUACUGUUCGGAUCUGGCGCAGGGCAUUGUGAACGCGAUCAAGGAUUCGGACAGCCAGGGCCAGACGUACCAGGCGGUGGGUCCGCGCCGGUACAAGCUGUCCGCGUUGGUCGAUUGGUUCCAUCAGGUGAUGCGGAAGGACGAGAAGUGGUGGGGCUACUACCGGUACGAUCUGCGCUACGAUCCGACGUUCCGCGUGAAGGUGCUGCUGACCGAGAUGCUGUCACCGUCGUUCCCGAUCGGCGAUGUGCACACGGAGCGCGUGGAGCGUGAGUACGUGAGCGACGAGGUGCAGAAGGGUGUACCGACGCUGGAGGAUUUGGGCGUAAAUCUGACGUACAUGGAGGAUCAGGUUCCGUGGGAACUGAGACCGUACCGUGCCGCCCUGUACUACGAUGCUGAGCUAGACGAAUUCGAAAAACCAACGCCACCACAGUACAUCCAGUAAAGGAGCAUGGCUUCCGUGCGUGUUCUAGUGUAGCGCGAGCGAGCGAGCGAAUUGUGGUGGGUUGUUACGCUGAAUGAUUGAACCGUUCAAGACCGUACCACAUGUAAAAAACAAACCCCGUUAAACCUAUAAUUCAAACAAAAAAGGUAAAUAAAAAAAAAGUUAGGAAAAAUGAAAAUCUCUUACCUACUUCGUGAGAUUCAAAUGCUCCGACCACGUGUUCUGUCGCUGUUCCUCUCGUAUCCCUCAAAGUAUCGAGUACUGCUCAAGCGCUCCUUUGACGGGAAAUCAACAAGGAAAACAGAGGAAAUCCAUCGAGCGAACAGCAAAAAAAAAAGCAAACCAAACACGCCAGCAGCAUGUCACAUGAUUUAGGUAGUUGAAUUUUAUUGGCUGAAGUUGGCUGGAGAUCCAUGAAUCCGAUACUAAAAACAGACACAGUACAGACUACACAACAUUCAGGAGUUACGAGGGUUAAAAAACAACGAAACAGAAAAUGUAUGGCCGCCCGGGCGAGUCCGCGGGCAUAACACAAUAAAUAACAACAUCAAAUAGCCAGGAGCAGCAGUAGCAGUUGUAGAGCGGUUGGUGGCGGCCGGCAUACCGAACCAGACGCGUUGGUGAUGUGAGUUGGAAAUAGUGGAUAAAUACAUACAAUACACAUA